AUUCAUUUAUAUAUAUGAAAAAAGUACAGUAUAUAUAUAUAUAUAUAUAUAUAUAUAUGUUUCUUUUUUUCUCUGACUUACUCAUCCAGAAUUACAUUAGCACGUCAUCCCUAAGGCAUUCAUAUCUUUUCCUCCUUGUAUUUGCAUAGCCACAAGCAUCAAUAAAUUUAGUAGGAAUUGCAUAUAAUAGACUAACAAAGCCAUGCAUUAAUACAGACCUCUGCAGGAGAUAUUUCCUGCCUUCAGCCGCCGCUAUCUAAUGUAACUCUUUCAAUAACUUUGAAUUAAUCGAGUUCCAACAACAUUUAAUUUCCCUUUGGGAUCAAAGUAUUUUUUUUUUUUUUAUUUGAAUUGAAUUUAAGUGACUAAAGUGGAAUGAAAAUGACACGUGAGUUCAAAACAUCUUAAUAAAAAGCACUCCACCAAGGAUGGUUGGAGAACAUUAGUGAACUGCUUGAUGAAGAUUGUCUAUUUGAAAAUACAUCAUGUAUUUAUUAGACGCUCAGACUAAGGCUGAGAAUUUAGGGUUGAUUAACAUCCAGGUGGAGGAUGAGUCACCGGAUCAACCUGUGAGGGCUUUCAUGUUUUAAAUUACCAGGUACAACUAAUUGCAUUUUAUUGCCGAAGCUUUCAAAGUGCCACUAGAUGAGGUGUUGGCACAUUCUUCAGUUGCAAAAAGCUGUUUGGUUGGAUUUGGUGACUUGUUUGCACGGCCAUGACAGAGAGAAGUAUUGAGUAGUUAAAGGGAAGUUCAGUGAGUUUUAUGACUGUGGUUAGAAAGUUUAAUGUAGAAGUCUAUUCCCUUCUUCUUUGUUUUCGGGACAUUUCGGGACCAACAAGGUCAUCACUUCAUCUUCCUUAUUUAGGUGAACAUACUUCACUAUGAUCAAUGAAUGAACCUUAUUAGGAUGUGUCUCCACCUGUGUAUCAAAGCAACAUGUUUCUAGGCCAGCAGCUCCACCUGUUUGCUUUAUUCUGCCAUCGGUCUUUGGCUAUCUUUAAGUCAUUUGUUGUUAACUAUGAGAGUUAGUGUGACUUUAGGUAACUACAACAAAUCCCAGUGCAGCAACAUGCUACUGACUAAUUAGGCAAAGAGAAGCGGGAAGAACAGGUGGGCAGAAACAAAUAAACCAAAAAAAGAAGAACAGAGAUGAAGCUCAGGACUUCCCAGGGCCGAUUUAAAAAAAAAAAAAAGGUGAACUGAAAUAUGAAGCAGAGAAUGCUGUUUUGCAAAUCUGUUUACUGGCUUUGGCGAUAUGUUUUCUUUAUAAAUGUUAAGUGCCGGUGUUAGCUACCACAACAGUUUUUCUAAAGUCUCUAAAAUCAAAUCUGGGUCCAAAAUUAGAGUAGAUCAAAACUAGAUCAGAGAAAACAGGCUAAACACUUUAUCUCCACUCUACGAGACCACUCGAUUAUCAUGGCCUAGAUGUGUAAGAACGGUGCGCUGCGGUUCCUCCGGCUUUGGCUUUCGGCACAUGUGCUUUCAAAAUGUGGGAGAGGAGAUCCCGCUCAGUCUACUGUACUGUUUAAAACCAGCUUGAUAACUUCUUAUAGUGAGGUAAGGAAAGGUUCACUCAACUACAGCUUUUCUAAUUUAAAACUCACCUGUCACGAGGUAAAUCUGUUUUCAGGUAGAUCAUAUGCAUCUGACAACGAGGAGAUUCAACAUUCGUGUGUUUGGAAACUGCUCUGCUUUUGGAUGGGUUGAACUGAAAUGGAAAUACAUUUAUAAAGUAUUCAUAAAUAACUAGAAUAUUUCAGUUUGUCACAAUAAACUCACCAGAUGUUAUGUAAUGAGACUUUAUGUGACUGUCCAGCAUAAAGUACUGUAGUUCAUAACUGUGAAGUGAAAGGUGGCGGCAUCAGAGCCAGUGACUUCCAAAAAGCUGAUAAAGGGAGUCGGGUCUGUUGUGAGGACUGCUCCUGUUGUGAGGACUGCUCUGGAACCUCUGAAGAUCAAUGUAGGACACUUCAUAAAAUGAAGAGCAUAACAGGCAACCCUGAACAUCUUCUUCACAAUGCUGUGAUGCAACAACAGUGUCUUCAGUAAAAGGAUGCUUACAGAUCUGCUGCAACACAGACUCCAACAGAUCAGUCCCAACCUCAGCCAUCACAAUCUAAAACGACUCUUUGUAGUUUGACUUGCAAAAUCAUUUAAUUCCCCUUUGGAAUUAAUAAAUCAUCAUGUUUAGGAACAUUGCCGUGUUAUUGUUCUGUCAUCACAUAAAGUGUUUUUUUCAUGUAGGUUUUUGCUCUGACCCAACAUGUCAUGUGACAGUUUGGGUCUAUUGCGGUUGCUUUCUGCAUCCGAUUCCUUCUCAUCAUUCUUCCAUAAGGUCAGAUUCUGCAGCGUAUAAAUAGGAGUUUUCCUGUUUAUCUUCUCCUGAGUUGCCAUGGGCCUCUUAACUGCUUCUGUGUUCCACCUUUGUUUGGAUGUUUACCAUUCAAUUCUACUUUAACUUUGCUUCUUAUCUCUGUGUUCUUUUCCUCCCGUCUUGAUGAUGGUGCCUGUUUGAUGAUGUUCUCCAACAAACUUCCGAGACGUCGGCAGAACCGCUGGAUUUAAAUUGAGAUGAAAUCAGAUGGACUCUAUUUACGCGUUAGGUGGGUUUUUGUUUCACUAGAUUAUAUUUUGAGGGGAAAAGAGUAAAGUGAGGAUGACAUGAAUGCAUAUAGCACUUUGCAGAAUUACUUUAGGGGAAAAAAUAGAAUGUUUUUCCUUCCAAUACUUCAUGAGAUUUCAUAAAACAAAUAUUGGAGUUUAUUGUUGUAACAGGAUCAAAUGGGGAAAAACCUUUGCAGGGCUAUGUAGUUGAUAGGGACAAAUCUUGUAAGCACAAUUUUCAGUAGUUAAUGAACAUUCUGGUGAUCAGCAAUGCCACUGCAAUAUCUCCCAACAAAAAAAAAAAAAAAGAAAAGCCUAAUAUGGAUGACAAAAGCCCAGCAUUAAGUUCAAUGGCUUGAUCUGUAUCCUGAGUGAACUUCAGUAAUGAACUGCAGGAACAAUUUACAAAUACAGAUGCAAGUUUUGCUUUAAUUUAUCGGAUUUUUCAGGCCGCCAAACCCUCAAUGAUUUGACCUUCUCCUUACGCUUCUGCUUGUGACCAUCUGCUUUGGGUCAGAAUAGAUAGAUGUAGCCCCUAGAGGGCGCUAAACACAUGCCUGGGGUACCAUCGACCAAAGGAAAUUGCUAUAGUCAAAAACGGGGAUAAAAAAACGAGUUAAUGUGAACGUUUAUUAACACGUUUUGAUUCAGCGGUGUUUUGUUAGCUGGUUAUAUGUUGGAAUGUAUUCAGGUCAUUCUUUCAGGUUCACAUUCAAUCUUUAAGUCGAGACAGGCGUGAGCUGGAAACCUCCUUUAAAGUUCGGUGAUCUGUGCAGGAUUUACCUGUAGUUCUAAUUAGUCUAGAUUUCGGUAAACGGCUCGUUUAGAAUGGUGCUUUGUGGACAGGUGACCGUGGGGGGGGGGGGGGGGGGGGGGGAGUGCAAUAGUUUGAAAAAAAGAAGAAGAAAGAAGUCACGUCCAUCCCUCCCUCUCUUAGUCCCUCCUUUCUCCCACUGUCCCUUUUCUUCUGCAUCCUCCCCCCCACCCCUCGCUGGCUGGCCUUUCUCAAAGAUAAUUGGAGGCAAAACUCGACACGCUCAAUGUCAUGGACAGGAAUGAGGUCUCACCGGCGUCUGCUACCACCGUGAAAAAGAAGGCGGUGGGCGGCAGCGGGUGUAGCCGCAUCAGCGCACCCAAGGCAGCCCCAUCCAAAUGCUCCAGAAGCCCCAGCGGACAGAAUUGCUUGAACCCCGGCGCAGCCAGCGGUAGCCAGCCCGGACUGACCAGCGACGUCGUGAUGGAUGAGACGGAGGAAGGAGAAGAGGAGUCCAGGUUUCAGCAUCCGCGGCUGCGCCGAGCCGGGGGGAGCGGCAGCAGCGGAGGUGGUGGAGGAGGAGGAGGAGGCGGCAGUAUCAGGAUGAAGAACUUUACGCCAGGAGGGGGAGCCGCGUCCUCGGCUUUCAGGAGAAACUCCAACAAGGAGCUCUGCCUUACGCACACAGAGGACGUUCCCUCCGCCUCACGACCCACUGCUGCCUCCAGAGCGACCGAGACACCCUGUCCGGGCGAUGCUGCCCAACGCGGCGAGACCUGCGGAGCGUCUGGGGCGGAGGCGUCGGAAUCUGCGGUCGGGGUAGAGGUUUCCAACGCGACAGCGGGUGAUGGUCGCAGCGGAGUCGCUCCAGCAUCCAGCAUGAAAUGCAACAAAAACGGAGAAUGCAGAAGGGACUCGGGUACCGGGAGCCUGCGCUCAAUAAUCCCCAAGCAGGAGAAGCAGACAGCGGGAUCGGGGAGAGCCGAGGACGGAGGCGCUGCCAAGCGGGGAGCCUGUAACUCGACCACCGCCAGUAUGGACGGCUCGAUCACGCCAGGCGGGUCUCUAACCGGAGGGCAAGGAGGGGAGAGCGCCAACCCGGGCGCCACCCCCGUGUCCAGCGGUGUGCCUGAGAAAAAGGACUCCAAGGUGUCCUUCUCCAACGCGCCGAGCCGGAAAGCCUCCUCCUCGCUGCACGGCCCGACCCAGACUCAGACCCAGCAGCCGAGGAACUCUGUAACUUUCCAGAAACAGGAGGAUGGACCGCCGAUUGUGGCCGCCGAGGAUGCAGAACCUCGGGGCAGCCAAGCCAGCUUCAUGCAGCGGCAGUUCAGUAGCAUGCUGCAGCCUGGAGUUAACAAAUUCUCCCUGCGCAUGUAUGGCAGUCAGAAAGCAGUCGAGAAGGAGCAGGAGAGGGUAAAAUCAGCUGGAAACUGGAUUAUACACCCUUAUAGCGAUUUCAGGUUCUAUUGGGAUUUUACAAUGUUGCUGUUCAUGGUGGGCAACCUGAUCAUCAUCCCCGUGGGCAUCACUUUUUUCAAAGAUGAAACCACAACGCCCUGGAUCAUCUUCAACGUUGUCUCCGACACCUUCUUCCUCAUGGACCUGGUGCUCAACUUUCGCACUGGAAUCAUCAUCGAGGACAACUCAGACAUCAUUUUGGACCCUGAAACUAUAAAGAAGAAGUACCUAAAAACUUGGUUUAUUGUAGACUUUAUCUCCUCCAUCCCGGUGGAUUACAUAUUCCUCAUAGUGGAGAAAGGGAUCGACUCGGAGGUGUACAAGACGGCUCGGGCCCUGAGGAUUGUCCGCUUUACCAAGAUCCUAAGUCUUCUGAGGCUGCUGAGGCUCUCCAGAUUAAUACGCUACAUUCACCAGUGGGAAGAGAUCUUCCAUAUGACCUACGACCUGGCCAGCGCGGUGAUGCGGAUCAUCAACCUGAUCGGCAUGAUGCUGCUGUUGUGCCACUGGGACGGCUGCCUACAGUUCCUGGUCCCCAUGCUGCAGGACUUCCCUUCAGACUGCUGGGUUUCCCUUAACAAGAUGGAGAAUGACACUUGGUCAGAACUCUACUCCUUUGCAGUUUUCAAGGCAAUGAGCCACAUGCUGUGCAUCGGUUACGGCCGGCAGGCCCCGGAGAGCCUGUCAGAUAUCUGGCUGACGAUGCUGAGUAUGAUUGUGGGAGCGACCUGCUAUGCUGUCUUUAUUGGCCAUGCAACAGCUUUGAUCCAGUCCCUGGACUCAUCCAGACGACAGUAUCAAGAAAAGUACAAACAAGUGGAGCAGUAUAUGUCCUUCCACAAGCUGCCUGCCGACUUCCGACAGAAAAUCCAUGACUAUUAUGAGCACAGGUACCAGGGCAAGAUGUUUGACGAAGAAAGCAUCCUGGGGGAACUCAGUGAACCUCUCAGAGAGGAAAUAGUGAACUUCAACUGCCGAAAACUGGUGGCAUCCAUGCCGCUGUUUGCCAACGCAGAACCAAACUUUGUUACAGCAAUGCUGACUAAGCUACGUUUUGAGGUGUUCCAACCUCAAGACUAUAUUAUAAGAGAGGGCACCAUUGGCAAAAAAAUGUACUUCAUCCAGCACGGCGUAUGCAGUGUCAUCACCAAAGGCACACUUGCUAUGAAACUGUCUGAUGGCUCUUAUUUUGGAGAGAUUUGCUUAUUGACGAGGGGUCGACGAACAGCCAGCGUGCGAGCAGAGACGUACUGUCGGCUCUACUCUUUGUCUGUUGACAACUUCAACGAAGUUUUAGAAGAGUAUCCAAUGAUGAGAAGAGCCUUCGAAACCGUCGCCAUUGAUCGGCUAGAUCGUAUAGGUAAAAAGAACUCUAUCCUGAUGCACAAGGUUCAGCAUGAUCUCAACUCCGGUGUUUUCAACAACAGGGAGAACGAAAUGAUCCAGGAGAUCGUCAAAUAUGACCGUGAGAUGGUGAAACUAGUGGAUCUGCAGCGGCCGAGGGCCAUGUCUAUGACUCCCUCUAUAGGUGGGAUCUUUGCCCCUCCGGGUCAGCCUCAGUCUGGCUCUGCAAUUGCCACCCUCCAGCAAGCUGUGGCCAUGAGCUUUUGCCCUCAAAUGGCCAGCCCUUUGGUGGGUCCGGGGACUUUGCAGUCCCCGCGCAUGGUGCGACGGUUUCAGGUGAUGCAGAACUUGUCCAGUCCGAUCUCAAUGUCUCCCCUUCAGUCUCAACCUCCCCAAACACUUGGAGGGGCAUUUGGAUCUGCUAUUUCUAGCCCCCCGGUCCAAAGCCCGCUCACAGCUACAGGACGGACUUUUCAGUACAUGGCGAGUGUGGGACCGUCGGGGUCCCAGUUGUCCCUUGUCCAGCACCAUGCACCCAGCCCCACACAGACCACCCAGCAGAGGCCCGCCUCACACAAAAGCACCCACUCUCUCCAUAUGGGUAGUUUGAGCCAGGACACCCGGGCCUUGUCUGCAUCUCAGCCUUCACUCCCCCAGGAAGGAACACCACAGGCUUCCUCUGCAGCCCCCAGCCCCCCGCCCUCCACCCGCACUUCCAACUCCUCCAUUGGCCCCCAACAACCUCCCCACCACAACUUACCGGGACCCUCGGGUGUGGGGAGACCAGCUGGAGCCCAGCAGAGGGUGGCCUUUGCCUCCACUCCUCCUCCAGGUGGACCUACUGGAAUGGGGGCAGUAGCAGCAGCUGCUGGACCGGGACCUCCAGACUCUGGAGUUCCCAAGAAAGAUUCGAUUGUCAGCCUUCCGGAGCUAGACUCUGCCAGAUCCCGGCUGUCUUCCAACUUGUGACCCUAGUGGAGUUCAGUAGAGAGGCCUUUUUUUUGUAGGAAAAUCAGUGCGGUAAAGGUCAGUCCAGCUGAUCAUUCAGCUUGCUAAAUGACCAAUCAGCUACUGCCAGCGCCACCAGUCUUUCAACCUUGGUGCACUGUGUGCUGGUGUCAGCAGGAAGAAAGGAGCUGCUCGAAGUAUUGAAGUACUUUGACUACAGGGAGUCAAUACGAUUAUAUUAGUAUAUAAAAUUAAGGUUGAACUGGUCUGGUCUACUGUGCCAGCACCUUUAGUCUUAGUAUCACCCCUUUCACUCUGCUUCCAAACACCUACUGCAUAUCGCUGACUUUACUGUAAAGAUAUGAUGAAAAGUAUGAUUAAUGUACCAAUUACAUACUGUGUAGAAUCCAUGCAAUGCAAUCUAGCAGGAGCUGGACUUAAAAAUGAAAAUCAGGGACUUGAGGUCAAACGACAAUGACAUUUUAAGCGUUCAAAAGUGUUUUAAAUGUAAUUUUUUUUUCUCCGUAUAAGCUGUCGUAGCAAAAGAACACACAUCUUCAUACCGUUCAAACUAGUAGUGGAGUUAGUGUUUUAGACCGCUGGUCGAUCUUACAUCAAUGUGUAAAUAGUCGAUGAAAAAAGUAAGGAAGGACGUUAUAUUCAUUGUAUCUACCCAAAACCAAAGUUGAGCUUGAACACCAAGUCUGGUUGUGUCUGUAUCAACUAAAAAAGAAACAUAGAAGAAAAUGCCAUUUAUUUAACUGCCUUGAUUCAACGUUAGAAGCCAUAUAUUUGGUUUGCGUGUAUGCAUAUAUGUGAGUGUUGCUGUGUGUGUGCGUGCGUGUGAGUACGUGUGCGUCAGAGAGUUUUUGUUUAUACGUUUUGGUUCCAUUUUCAGAGAAGGGACUCAUGCACUCUACGACGCAUCGUCAAGUAUGACUGGUUGGAAAUGCUGACGGUGGCACUGCCCUGUUUUCAUGAAUCAUCUGGAAAGAGGUCAGCUGUUUGCUCAACAUACUGAUUGUAACCCUAAAGGCAAAGAUGGUUUAAUAAUCUGAGCUUUACUGAAAGGAAACAUUUGUGAACAACCCAUACUGUAUACUUGCUUGUUUCUGUCUAGGUUCAUCGAUUAACACAUGCAAUAUAAUUCUGCAAUACUCUACCCCGCCUAUAUAUAUAAAUAUAUAUAUAUAUAAAUAUGAAUAUCUAUACUUAUGCUGUACAGGAAAGUGGACAUGUUUCUUUAUGUAUUUUUUUCGUUUGUUUUUUAUUAUGUGACAUUUUAAAGAAUCCAGCAGCUAUUGUGGCUUCACUUGAGGUAUUGUAAUCCAGUGACCAUGUUGUUACCUUAACCAAAAAUGUGUGAGGGAAUGAAAGGGUAUGUUGCUGUGUUAUUUUUGUGUUAAAAAAAGAAAACAAAACACUAGACUAACUGCUUACAACUGGUUUAAAGACACAGGAUGAAUCCACGUUUGAGCUCAGCAAGUCAGAUCCUCAAAAAUGUCACCCGAAAGGCAUUUUCAAAUGUUUAAAUUCAUAGGGUGGCCAAUAUGGGGUACAGACGCCUCAGUUGGAAAAAAAAUCACCUAGAACUCCGGUGAAUGUCUCCACUUUUAGGUGCACAGAAAUCCAUUGGUUCGAAGUGCGAGAGUGGGUCGAGGCUUUGAUUAUUUUUAUUCGAAACAUUCUGAUCCUGUUGAAUCUAAAAACUCCUUCUCCUGCUGAAUGUAUGCCAUACGAGGAGGACGACAGCUAAUCAGUUUUAAACUGCCAUGUAAAUAAAGGGACAGAGGAUUUUAUGAUGCAAGGGGGGACUGAGCAUUGCUGUAUGAGUUGCUGAGUGUCUGUGUGAUCUUUUUUUAUAGUCUGUUGAUGCUUAUUUGGGUUGAAGGUUGCUGUAUUUACCAUUUAAACUACAACCCAAUAACCCCAGAUCUGAAUAUUAACGAAAGUCUAAAAAAAUGUACCGAAAAGGGCAUGAAUGAGAGCGUGCUGGAACUACUUUGAACCUCUCUGUCCAAAGUGAGAAGUGAGGACGUCCACUUAAGCACCUUGUGUUGCACUACAACCUUGUAAUCAAAAAGAAAAAAAGGAAGAAAAAAAAAAUUCAAUGUUCUGUUCUCUCAAAACUGUCGUCACACUUCUUCUGGACCCAAUAUAUGGUUAAACUGUAAAGACGAGUAAAAGGGAAGUCAACUGGGGCAGCUGGUUCAUUAUGUUAAACAAACAUGGUGGCCAACUUUUUCAGCUCUGAACAUUGAUUUGGAGCCAAACUGUAAAAUCACUGGACAUUUCACUCAGGUUUGCUACCUUCUCACAGCUAUGUAUUGAUUGCCACAAUGUGGCUUUCCAUUGAUUUAUGUAGACAUGUUUAUUCCCAUAUUUUGAGCUCGUUUACGUAAUCGUCUUGAGUAAUUCUAAUUGGCACAGAAAAAAACCCCAUGAAGUAAUAAUCCUAAGAUUGUUGGUCUCUCGUUGUGAGAUCUUAAAAACUGGUGACAGUCUUUAUCCAAGGGCUUCACUGUAUGGCUUGUGAACCUUUGGUCAUUUUUGUACAGUUGGAACUAAAAUUCGAAGGUGAUUAAAAUGUUUAUUUAUUUUAGUGAUUCAAAUUAAAAACUGAAAUUCUUAUGCAGUUUAAUAUUUUAAGCAUGUAUGUAUUUCUGUUUGUUUUGAUGAUUAUGACUGUCCAUGUACUGCACUUUAUCAGCACUCAAUAUUUGACUGGGCUCCUUUUGCAUGAAUUACUGCAUCAAUGCAACACAAGAAGGAAGUAUUCGGCACGAGGUUCUGCUGAGAUGUCAAGGAAGCCCAAGAUUAGUUUAACUGCUGCCUUCAGCUUGUCUUCAUUGUUGAGUCUUGUGUCUUUCAUCUGCCCCUUGAAAACACUGACAAGUCAGAUUAGCUUUUUGGUCUGUAUAACUCAGUGACACCAAGGACAUUGUUAGUGUGGGUUUUCAUUUUAGAAAAUUAAAUCAGUAUUAAUUUUGUAAAGCUUGUCACGUGAAGUUUCCUGGUAUAAGGCUGUGCUGAUUUUAGUCACAGUGGAAAUUGUUCCCAAAAUCACCACUUACUGUGGAAACUUCAGCCUGGACAGCAAUUAGUUUGGAUUAUAUGCCUCUCCACUUUUCUUCCAUACCCUAGGAUCUUUAUUUUUAUUUCCUUCCAUCUUGAAAAAAAGUACUUUGGGCCACUUGGCAAUUGUCCAAUCCUUUUUCUCCUUAGUCAUAAUGAGACAUCUUUGACCUCGCUGGUUCAGGACUGGCUUUAAACAAAUAAUGCAACGUCUGUCCUAGAUAGAUCUCUGUGUGGUGGCUCUUAAAGCACUGAAAUGGAUGCAUAAAUGUCUCCUUUGGGGAUGAAUAAAGUAUCUAUCAUCAUCAUCAUCAUCAUCACUGAGUCCAGCCCCAGUCCACUACUUGUUGAAACUCCCCAGAAUCUUGAAUGAAGUUUUUUUUCUGAAUAAUUUAAUUCUCAUCUUUGUUGCUGUGCACCUUUCUUUACAACUGUUUUUUCUUCCAUUCAGAUUCUCAUUAAUAUGAAUUAAUAUGCUUGGAUAUUAUGCUAUAAACAGACAGCUUUUUUAGCAGUGGCUUUUUGUGGUUUGUUCUCCUUGUGGAGGGUUUUAGUGCUUUCUGACUUAUGGGUCUCAUGUCAAAUUAUUUUUUGAGAAAGUGGGUUUUCAUUAGUUGUAAGCCAUAAUCAACAAAAUUAAUGGAAACAAAAGUUUGAAUUGUGUAAUUAAUCUAUAAUACGAGUUUUACUUUUUAAGCUGAAUUACUGAAGUAAAUCUACGUUUCAAAACAUUUCUAACUAACUGAGACACUCCUACAAUGAAGGAAACAAAAUUAAAUUUUCUGUUUCACAAAAGAGUAAAAAAACUUAUUUUAGUCUUUCCUGAGUCACAGUACCGCCUCCCCAACCUUUCAGUGACACAUGAAUCAUAAAUUGUUUUCUUUUUUUUCCUGUGGGAAAAGUGAACACCAAAACACCAACACCAUUCUGAAUGAAAUCUGUCUGAGUUGUGUUUUUCUGUGCACUUCAGUACUGUUCUGUCUGAUUAAUUGGUCCUUCUCCUGAGUUCUUUUUGCUAAUACCAGAGUUUGCCCUGUUAAGCUGCUAUCAAGACUGUGCAGGUCUCUGAAUGAGUCCACAGUCGGCAAGAGCAAGAUGAAUGGAGAAUUAAAGAGCUAAUGUUUCAGGCAAUAUCAGGCACCGUCUCUGUUUCAUUGCAUCUACAUGUAGUGUGUAAUUCCCUCCUACUCAAAGGAUGGCAUUUGAGACACUUUGAUCGGCACCGCUCCGUUUGAACCGUCAGCCACAGGCCCGAUACAGCCCCGGCCAAGCGCACACUGCCAGUUUAUCUGUUUUUGUGUUUGUCUCACGGGUUGCUCAGUGUGUCGGCUUCUAGCUGCCAUUGAGACGUGUGUGCUGUAUUGGCCUGAUGGUGGGCCGGUUCAAAGUGUGAUUGUUUAAUAAUUAUUCUUCUGGACUUUGCUGUAAAGUGGGAAUGAAUUCCUUCAAAUGUGUUUGGCACUGACUGACAGUGAUUGAGAAUCUCAAAGUUUCAAGCCUCUCACUCUUGCUGUACCAGAUGUUGAGGGUACUGAAUGCCUUGGUGUUGAUUUAUUAGCAAAUCAGGGUCUUAUGUUUGUCUGUUCUUUCUGAGUUAUCAGUCAGUUUUAUUUGGUUGUAGAUUUAUGAUUUAUAUUUACAAUGUGCCCUCUGCACUUGGACUGUAUAUACCUUGUGCCUAGUACAUCUAGUUUCCACAUAGUCUCCUUUGUGGUAUGUAUGUGCCUGUAAAACUGCAAAUAUGUGUUUUUAUUUCCAACUUGCAAUAUAUGUACAAACCAUUAGAUGACUAGUAUUGCUAAAUUACAAUGACAAUGUCAGUAUAUACAAUUUUCCCUGAUAGGGGAAACACAAAAUUGCACAUUUUAUGUUGGGUUGAACCUUCCAACACCAUGCGCGCUGUACUCGGUUCGUUCAUGUUCUGUACAUAUGGUAUACACAGAGAUGUGGGGCACCUUCUCGGGUUUUCACCACAACCUGGUGUUUAAGCAUCAUUUUUACAAAGAGAGGGUGAGCUCUGGCUAGCUCCUGGUGGAUAUCAGCAGUCUAGACAUUAGCUUAGGAAAGCUGCUUGAGCCAAAAACAGCAGAAGUUAACUAGCAAAACUGUGGAAAUGCUUGCACAAAAUCAAAAUACAUAUACAAAAUGAUAAAAAAAAUAAAUACGUAAAUAAAUAAAAGGCUGUUCAUAUGCUGGAUUAUCGUCGGUCUGUGCUGUUGCACACCCCUUCACACUGAUGCUGGUUGCACACUGAUCUGGUGUUGGCCAUUAAAGGGAAAAAUAAUUCUGUCCAAGACUGAAUCCAAAUCUUGAGUCACAGCAAGUCUUAAACAUGACUCCCAGAUGAGUUAGCUGACAGACAAAGCAGGAGUGCAUGCUUGUAUUUUUCUCAUUUAAGCAGAGUUCUGUGUAUGAUUGUUGUGGGACCUUCAAAUCUAGAAACUGUUGUGUACCAACUACUGUACAAUGAUUUUAUUUAGUCUUACAGUUUAACUUUUGUGUCGUAGCUACUGUAGCCUGCUUAACUUACCUAAGCCUUCUCUCUGCUUCAGGACUCUGUGUGCUUGAGUUUGUGUGUGUGUGUGUGUGUUCCUGUGCCUUUCCUUCUAUAAUGUUGGUCCCACUUGAGAAUAUGAUGCCAUUUAGGGGGUUGAAACCCACACAUAGCUGAGAGAUGCCAGCACAAAUAAAAUAAUAAUAAAAAAACACCUAUAAAAGGUCACAACCACAGCUGUUUUGAAACUUCUAAACAAUAUUGAAAUGCUUUCUAGAAUUGACUCUAGCACAUCCUAGACUUAGUAGCAUUCCACAGCCUGCACGAACGGCUCAGUGUGGGCAUCCAGACACACUUUACCAGCACCAUGAAGAUGACAGCACAGAUCUCUGAAACACGUCUCUUCUCUCAAUGAAAACCAGUCUGCAAACAUCUCAGGCUGUGCUCGGCUUCUGCUCAUACAAAAACAGGCUUAGGUAUUACUCAACUUCAACUCUGUCUUAAGUUGAUGUUUAUAUUCCAGUGACAACUCAGCUCCCAGCCCCAGCCGCAGUUCUUACCAAAUUGGUCUAAAAUGAUGGUGGUGGGAAAACGGGGCUGGUUUGGGUGAUCUUUGUAGUCGUCUUGUCUCUCCAGACUGCGAUACACAGCUGGUGGCUGGGGUGAGGGGCUGAUUUGCUCCUGUGUCCAAAAGGCUGUCUUGUCCACCACCUUUGUUGGUCAACAACACAGAACCACACCCUGGUUUAUCUCAAUAAGCUGGUCUGUCAGUCAGUGGCAAUGUUGUUUCAGCAUCCAUAAACAGACAUAAAAUACCUUGUUGUGCAAUAAAAAAAUGAGCGCAUUGGCAUACUUA